AUGUCUGACAAGACCAUUGUUUGGGUGGCUAAUAGAGAGACUCCCAUCAGAAACAAGCCAGGUGUUUUGAAUCUAACAACUGACGGCUAUCUCAAACUGUAUGAUUCAGAUGGGCGAUCAAUAUGGUCAACAAGAAAGAACCAGAAAGCUAUAGCCUCCAGAGCUAUGAUAUUGGAUUCUGGUAGUUUUGUUAUGUUGGGCGCAAACAACAUAUCUGAAAUUGUGUGGGAGAGUUUCUUGUAUCCAGGAGACACAUGGUUGUUGGGAAUGAAGAUGUGGAAAGGCAUGAAGCUAACUUCUUGGAAGAGUUCGUUGGAUCCAGCACCUGGGCCCUCCUCUUUAGGAAUGGAUCCAGCCCCAGACAAGACGCAGUUUUCGCUACUGUAUAAUAAUAGUGUUACUUACUGGAGCAGCGGAGAGUGGGUUGGUGACCAUUUCAGUGGUAUGCCAGAUAUGCAGAAUAAGUACGAAUCCGAAAUUCUUAGAACGCCCUUUGUAAGGAUUUCUCUCACAAAGAUGUACUUCACGUAUAUUCAGAUAACAAAAUUUGAUAGUGUCAUGCAGCGUGUAGUCCUGUACAAAACUGGAGAUGUACGAGCUUACUAUACAAUUCAUAAUAACAGCUGGAUUAACAUCUGGUCUGUGCCAAAAGACCUAUGCCUUGUUUAUCACAUGUGCGGGGCUUAUGCUGCAUGCAACAGUAACAAUCUUCAAUUCUGCAGCUGUCUCGAGGGCUUCCAUCCCAGAGACAAUCACUCCUGGUAUCCACAAGAAUGGUGGUCAAGCGGAUGCCUUCGCGAUAGCUCUCUCCAGUGCUCUCCUACCAACGGCACCACAGAUGGAUUCGUGCAAAAGAGUGACAUAGCCUUAGCAGAGAAAGACGCUGUUCCAUAUUCCCAAUACCCAUCUCUAUCAGCAUGUUUGGAAAAUUGUUCCUGCACAGCCUUCGAUCUCACUAAUUCUACUCUUCCCAUUUGUAGAAUGUGGUUUGGGGAUCUGUUCAAUAUUCGCGUUGCAUCAAACAGCCAGCCCGUCUUCCUUCGCAUGGCUGCUUCUCAGUUGGGACAGUCCAUAUCCAGUGGAGGAAAAAAUCAAGGACGUGUCCUAUUGAUUUCACUUCCCGUUGGUGGUGUUUUCGUUCUUGUUUUUGCUUUCCUUGUUAUAAUCUUUCUUCGGCGGAGGCGUGGAAUAGAGCUCCGAAUUGCAACCAACAAUUUCAGAGAUAAGUUAGGGAAAGGAGCCUUUGGCUCUGUUCUCAAAGGGGCUCUCCUAGACAAUACCCUUGUAGCAGUUAAAAAAUUAGAGGGUUCUACACAGGUAGAAAAGCAGUUUUGUGCAGAAAUAAGCACCAUCGGAAACAUACAGCAUGUCAAUUUGGUCCAGCUUUGUGGAUUUUGCACGGAAAGAUCUCAAAGGCUGCUGGUUUACGAGUACAUGCACAAUGGUUCUCUCAAUUCCCUUCUCUUCGCUGGAUCACAAAGGCUGUUGGAUUGGAAGACACGGUUCGAGAUCGCUUUAGGCAUUGCCAGAGGCUUAGUUUAUCUCCACGAGGAAUGCAGAGAUCAAAUCAUUCACUCCGAUAUAAAGCCUGAGAGCAUACUUCUGGAUAGCGAUUUCAGCGUAAAAGUGGCUGAUUUUGCGCUUUGCAAAGUUGGUGGGAAGAGAUUUCAGCAGGGUUUUGACAAGCAUGAGAGGAACUCGAGGUUACAUCGCUCCCGAGUGGAUCGACGGCUUAGCAAUUACUUGCAAGGCAGACGUGUACAGCUUCGGCAUGAUGGUGUUGGAGAUAAUAUCGGGUCGAAGAAAUGUGAACAUGAGCAGCAUGCAGAUGUUGAGGAGGUGAGAAGAGCUACGCUUGCAAGCUUGGUAUGCAUUGCACAGGAUGAGAAUGAGAGGCCAAGCAUGGCUCAAGUUCUCCGGAUGCUCCAAGGAAAGAUGGAGGCUGAUACACAGCAAGGUGUUUUUAAAGUUAACGCAUGA